AUGACCGUCCAGCAAGAUCCAAAUCAUUACCUUCAGUCGAAAAAUGAAGAGGCUCCCUUCAGUACAAUAAACGACCAUGUUGAACAUGCUUCUCUUCCUAUCGAGCAUCUGAACGAAAAGGGUGCAUCGACCAUCAUAGGUGAUGAUCCAGAUCAUCCGGUCAAUUGGCCCCGGUAUAAGAGAAAUAUUAACCUGGGUCUAAUCUCAUUUCAUGCCUUUAUGACCAACUUCGUUGGUGCUGGAAUCAUUCCCGUCUAUGCUACCCUCGCCGAGAAGUUUGGUAUCGAGAUUCAGGACGUUAGCUACUUGACAUCGAUUCAUGUUAGUCACAUAAUAUUCCCAUCAACACCUAGUCACGGAAAGCUAAUCGACCCAAAGAUUCUGUGUACUGGUCUUACGCCCUUCUUUCUAGUCCCCCUUUCCACCAGAUUUGGUCGCCGGCCUGUAUGGCUUAUCUCCACGCUGUUCACGGCGGUCUGUAAUGUUGGGUGCGCAGAGAGCCAAAGUUAUGCACCCAUGUUGGUCUGUCGGAUCCUAGGUUCUCUCAUGUUGGGUGCUCCUAUCGCUCUUGGGCCUCCCGUUGUGAUGGAAUCGUUUGCAGAGCACGAGCGUGGUCUCGCGUUAGGAACCUGGUCUGUUUUUGUCACGCUUGGCCCUUUGACCGGUCCAUUCGUCAUGGGGUUCGUUGCGGAGCGACUUGGAUGGCAGUGGAUCUAUUGGAUCUUCACCCUCAUCAGCGGCGCACAAUUUGUCUUAUACUUUUUAUUCAGCCCCGAGACAAGAUAUAUUCAGCAGGAGAAGUCAACCAGAAAGUCUGGCUUCAUGAAGUUGAUCACAUUCCCGCGAAUUGAUCCCACUCCGUUCUCCGUCUCUGAAGUCAUCCGACCCUUCUCAAUGGGGAAGCAAGUGACCGUGCUGCUGCCUGUGCUUUCACACAGUAUGAUCUUCUGUCUCUCGGCUGCAAUGUUGACAGUGGAGAUCCCUCAGCUGUUUGCCACUCGCUUUGAGCUUAGCCCGGAGCAAACCGGUAUCCAAUUCCUUGGUAUCAUCGUGGGCACCAUCCUUGGUGAAUUGUUCAACGCUGUGGUCCUCAGCUUGAUGAACAGACGCACAGUGGAGAAGCAAAGGCAUACUGUGAAACCAAAGAAUUACCUGGUUGCAAGUUAUUUGGGCUUCGUCUCCAUGAUUGUUGGGUUGGUUGUCUUCUGCGUCCUAUUGGGCAACACACUGCCUAUGCACUACAAGGUGUCCCCGAUCAUUGGCAUUGGUGUUGCAGGAUUCGGAAACCAAUUAGUCUCCAACUUUUUAAUUAACUAUAUCAUGCACAUUCAUUCGGAUAACGCCGCCACUGCAUCGAUCUUCUUGGGCUUCAUUCGCCAGACAUGGUGCUUCAUCGGGCCUUUCUGGUUCCCUACCAUGUUUGAAAACGUAGGUAUUAAAAACUGUGCUGGGCUUCUGUCCGCGCUGGUGUUCAUAAGUGUCCUGCCUGUUAUCUGGUUGCACUGGAGAUCAUGA